GAGAAUCUUUGUAGAGAGUGAGACCUCAUGAUGACAGAGGAUCUGUGUCUGUAGAGAGUGAGACCUCAUGAUGACAGAGGAUCUGUGUCUGUAGAGAGUGAGACUUCAUGAUGACAGAGGAUCUGUGUCUGUAGAGAGUGAGACUUCAUGAUGACAGAGGAUCUGUGUCUGUAGGGAGUGAGACCUCCUGAGAGUGAGACCUCCUGAUAGUAGAGGAUCUUUGUUUGUAGUUUAACCUCCUCUGAGCUGCUCCUCUCUUCUUCUCUUUCUUCUUCAUCAUGAUGAAGUUCAGGAGCUCCGCUCUGAGAGCAGCUGCUGCUGCACUCACAUCUGUUACACCUGCUACCCAGUCCUGUGUGCGCCUCUCAACGGGUCCCCAGCAGGAAUCAAAAACCUUCUAUGAGCUCCGCACCUACAGCAUCCACCCUCACCUGAACCCCGCCUUCAUCCAGCUGACCAAUGAGAAGAUUCACCUGCGCACCGCCCACUCACAGCUGAUUGGCUACUGGAGCGUGGAGUACGGCGGUCUGAACAAGGUCUUCCAUAUAUGGAAAUAUGACAGUUACUCCCAGCGUUCAGGUGUUCGCUCCGCCCUCUCUAAGGAUCCGUCCUGGGUGUCGGAUUACAUCUCGAAGGCGAUCCCGAUGUUGAGUUCUCAGGAGAACGAGGUCACCUACCUGCUGCCCUGGAGUCGCCUGCAGGAGCCGCCACAGGAGGGCGGUGUGUACGAGUUGGUCUCCUUCUCCAUGCGUCCCGGGGGACCGGCGGUUUGGGGCGACAGCUUCCAGGCCUCCGUCAACUCCCAUGAUGCACCAGGGUACGGCAAGCUGAUAGGAGCAUUCCAUAACGAGUUCGGCCCGCAGAACAAAGUUCACGCCCUCUGGUGGUUUGAGAGCGCCGACCAGCGAGCAGAGCUCCGACACAAAGCUCACACCGACCCCCGUGUGGUCGCUGCAGUCAGGAGCAGCGUGGUCCACCUCGUCUCUCAGGAGAACAAACUCAUGUUCCCCCUCCCUUUCUCUCCUCUGAAGUAACUUCACCUCUCCACUUCCUGUCCUCACACCUGGGUCUCCGGGGUAACAAUCCUCGCCCCCUGAGGGCCUCUGCAGUCUCACAGUCCCCGCCCCCUUCCCCUGGACAAGCCAAUCACAGCUCAGCAUGGAGAGUAAAUGUUCUCAUCCUGUUAAACGUGUCAAGCUGUCAGUCAGAGUGAGUGACAGCUGCAGCGUCAAAUCCUGUGGCAGUGGGCGGGGCUUCUCUUGUUUACAUUUAGCUUACAGAUUGUUCCUUUAAAGUGAGUGAAAAAUAAACUGACCUGAGAUCA